GCCGGAGCCUCAGCCCCAAGUCCGGGUGUGAGGACCUGACCAGACCCGCUCGGACCUGCAGCGCCCGCCUCCGCCACCCCGCUGCGCCCUCCGCUGCCCGCUGCCGGGUCGGCCGUCCCGCUGAGCUUUUGGGGAGCAAACUGCUCUCCCGCACCCAGAGUCCCAGAUGGCUUCAGUGACCGAUAGUAAAGCCGGGGUCAAAGAUGCCUCCGACCAGAAUUUUGACUACAUGUUUAAACUGCUCAUCAUCGGCAACAGCAGCGUUGGCAAAACCUCCUUCCUCUUCCGCUAUGCUGAUGACACCUUCACCCCAGCCUUCGUCAGCACUGUGGGCAUCGACUUCAAGGUGAAGACAGUCUACCGCAAUGAGAAGCGAGUGAAGCUGCAGAUCUGGGACACAGCGGGGCAGGAGCGGUACCGGACCAUUACCACAGCCUAUUACCGCGGGGCCAUGGGCUUCAUUCUGAUGUAUGAUAUCACCAAUGAGGAGUCUUUCAAUGCUGUGCAAGAUUGGGCUACUCAGAUCAAGACCUACUCCUGGGACAAUGCACAGGUUAUCCUGGUGGGAAACAAGUGUGACAUGGAGGAAGAAAGGGUUGUUCCUGCUGAAAAGGGCCGGCUCCUCGCAGAGCAACUUGGGUUUGACUUCUUUGAAGCCAGUGCCAAGGAGAAUAUCAGUGUGAGGCAGGCCUUCGAGCGCCUGGUGGAUGCCAUUUGCGACAAGAUGUCUGAUUCGCUGGACACGGACCCCUCCGUGCUGGGUGCCUCCAAGAACACCCGUCUCUCGGACACCCCGCCGCUGCUGCAGCAGAGCUGCUCAUGCUAGGCAAGGCCCACCCUCCUGACCUCCCCUCAUUGUGGCCCCGCACUCUCUCUGCUUCCCCUGUUACACUCUGUCCACCCCAGCCCCGAGCCAGCCGCGUUGCUGCUGUUCUUUGCCUGCCUUGGAGGUGGAAGCAUGCCCGAGGGGUUCUCUGCAGAUGGCCCCACUCACAGACACUCAGCACUAGACUAACAGCCAGGUUGCAAUGUGGGUGCAGAUUUACAGAAGAAGACUCCAUUUUACAAAGGGGAUUCACUACAGGGACUUGGAAAGCAAAUCUCUUUUCUGCCUUUAGAAUAAGAUAUCCUCCAUUUACCAAAACUUGACACACACACACACGCACACACACACACACACACUUGCCAGGGCCUGGCCGACUGUGUAAAGUGAGGCCCACCUGCAGCUAAUCCUAUUAAAGAAAACCUCCCUAUACACGACAUGCUUGUUUCAUAUCGGGCUCCCCUGUGGAGCUUCCUCACACUGCAAGUCAAGCUUCGCUCUGCAAGCCCUAAGUCUGUUACCACGGAUGCCCACAGGGCCUGGGCAGUUGCUGUGGUGACAGGCCAGACCUAAUCUCCAGAGAGCUCUGUAAUGAUGCUGAAGGAGCAAAGGCUGAGUCAGAAACACACUUAAAAGAAAAAGCUUAUUCCCUGAAAAAUGUCAAAGGUUCCUGCUAUAUGAAAGAGCAAGCCAAGAAAGAAAAAAGAGAAACACGGGCAAGAUAAAGAAGCAGGUCAUGAAUUUCUGAUUUUGCUGCUUUCCAGCUGGUUCAAAACUGUGGGAACUCUUUGAAAUUGGUCAUUGGUUCUUAAACUCCCAGAAUCUGAAAAAUUUAGAGUUGGUAAGAUCCCAAAUUUGACCUAACCUGACUAGUUAAUUCCCAUCCCUAUCUCUGACAAGUGGCUGUCAGGCCUCACAACCAGAUCUCUUCCCCUAAAGCACACGUUCCUGGUAGGGACGGGAGCUCAUUGUUCACACUAUCUCCGGGCAGCUCUCAUAAUCAGAAGUUUUAAGCUUAAAUCUAACUCCUAGGAAUUCGUCUUCCUUUUCUCACUCAGUUUGUACUAGCUCUGCUGUCAGAGACCUCACAAAGUCUGAUUCCUCGGUCCCGUGACACCCUGAGGUGACUUGAGAACAGAAGUCAUGACCCCUGGGAUCUGCCCUUUCUCUACAUCAAAUAGUUCUACUUCCUUCUGCCAGUGUCCAUAGGGUCUUCUCCCCAUCCUGCCCUCUCUGCCAACCCAUCUUUCAAUGACUCCUGAGAAGUCCAACUGGGAAAUGUGGUUCAAAGCAGAAUAAAUUUAAGGGGGGGGAGGGAAUGACCCUGAAACAAAUUGAGAAAAGUAAAAGCAGAUGUUUGAGUCCCAACCUCAUAUAUUCUCCCCGGAGUGAAACUUUAGUGUUUACCAAAAAUCGGAUGUGAAACCACUCCUGGAGGUAGCUGCUUAAUUAAAUACCUGAAGAAAAAAAAAAUACGUGAAACCCUCUGACUCUAGAAACAAACUGAAUGGGUUAAUUCGUGAUACUAGCUUGUUUGUAGACACUGCACAUGUUUGGUUUUUAGCUGAAACAAUGACAUGGAACUAAGUGAUGAUUUCUGAAAACUUUUCUCCCAACCCUGGCCUGAACCCGGUUUCCCCCUGCUCUAACAUGCUGUCUCAAAAGUCAGUGGGGGUGAGGGAGGGAGUCUCUUCCAAGUUUUCUCUCCAUUUCAGAUGCAGCUCAUUGUCCUAGGAAAGUGCAUUAACUAGCAACAGGUCCCAGGACUACAGUUAAGGGCCCUCCAGGGUCGGCCCUACGGAGAAGUUGAUUUCUCUGACGCAGUGCAGAGGGCGGAACUUUGGUCUUGGAAUCAGGAGACCUGGAUUCUGCCCUUAAAUCAAGUGUGACGCCAGACCAGAGAUACUCCUCUUCUGAGUCUUGAUUUCCCACCUACAAAAUGAGGGGGAUUAUUUGGAUAAUCUUUAACAUAGCUUCUGGCACUAAUAACUCUGUGACUCUUUUUCACCUUCAUCAUUUCAGUUGAUUUGCAACAUAAACCCAAGGAAUGAAGAUCAUCACCCCAGUGUCAUUGUAGCUAACCCUGAUGUCAUUGUUCCAAGCACUUUACGUGUAUUAACUCAUUUUGCUUCCCAACAUUUUUGUGAGGGAGGAACUAUAGCCAACCUCUUUUAAACAUGAGGAAAUUAAGGUAUAAAGAGAUUCUCUAGCUUGCCUAAAGUCAUCGAAUGAGUAAAUGAUAGAAAAUGGGUUCAAACCCAGGUAGUAGGCUCCAAGGUUUAUGCUCUUCGCCACACUCUGUACUGCAUUUCUUAUAAACUAUGAUCCAAAGAAGUUAAGAGAUUGGUCAAGAUCACACAGCUAGUAAAUGUUAGAUCCAUAUGAGGAUUCGAUUCCAAGGCCAUCAGAUUUCAAGCCUACUGGAGGAAAGAUAUGUCUCUAAUCUGUUAACAAACUUAUUCAUACUAAUCUGAACACUCUGCAAAGCAGAAUCAGUCUCUUAAGCAACCAGAUCCCCUGGGCCUGAGGAAAAGAUGCCUAGUGCUUCUCUAGCCCAAGCACUGGCUUUCCCUGUACCUGCCUCUGUCAGGCAAUUCUUUAUUUUUAGUUUGUAUUGAUUUUACAGAGAGGAAGGAAGAGAGAGAGAGGGAGAGAGAGAGAGAGAGAGAGAGAGAGAGAGAGAGAGAGAGAGAACAUUGAUUUCUUGUUCCACUUAUUUAUGUAUUCAUUGGUUGAUUCUUGUAUGUGCCCUGACCGAGGAUCAAACCCACAACCUUGGCAUAUGAGGACAAUACUCUAACCAAUGAGCUGUCAGGCAAUUCUUACCUGGCUCUCAAGCAGUGCUUUCAGCAGCCUCCCUGCUCCAGCAAUGGGCCAUUUUGGGGAAGUGACUUGUUCAACUUUUCUGACCAUGAAAGAAUGUGGUCCCCUCACAGGGAAGGAGUUUUGGCUUUGCUUUUCACACUGUCAAGUCCCAUACAAGUCAGGGAUAAUUACUAUUUCCCUGGGCAAUAACAUCCGUCUACCUUAGUAGUAGGAUUUCAGACUGAGCUCCUCACGCCCCCUUGGAUAUUUCAGUACAUAUAUCAAAUAAUCCUUUUUCUCUUACUGAGUAGCCAGGCAAAAAUUGAAAAUUUUAUUUAAAAACUGUCAAAUUCUUUACAACUCAGGGGCUGGUUCAAGGAAGCAAGCAUCUUUACAACAGAUGGAAUCAAGAGUUAAAUAUGAUAGUGGCAAACUCUUCUACUGGUGACAGAAAAAUAGACCUGCUUAUUAGAUGGCAGUCCCCCAGCCCUGCUCUGUGACCUCAUUUCCGCUAAGUGGAAGGCAGCAGCUUCCAGCUGAUUGCAGCGCAAUAUUCAUCAAUCACAGUAAUAGCACAGUUAGCCACCAAGGUUCAAGCUACAUAAUAUGUGUUAGUGGCAACUUGUCCUGGUUUUCAUCUUGUUUAAAAAUCCAAAUAAAAAAAGAUUUACAAAACACAUACACCAUUUUGACCUCGAAAGAAACAAAAGUAGGCCAAAAGUACAAUACAGUAUUGUAGCUAUUUAUAGAAUCUGUUUUAAAUGCAUGUGUAUCUGUAAAUACAGAGUGAUUCAUGACAUAUUGUCUCUUCAGUCUGUAACAUUAUUAUAGAUUUGGCAGGAAAAGGAAAUAUAGAUUUGGAAAAGUUAAUAUGCCUAAGUCACCCACUAGGACCAUUGGAACCUACCUCUGUCUGACUCAUGUGCUUUCAGCUUUCUUCUUCAGAUUGCCUCUCAGAUGAAGGUUAUAUGGGAUGGUGGUAAUGACACACUCCCAGGAAGUCUCAGAGUUAAUUAAAUAACCUCAUUUGGGA